UGUACUUCAUUGAUUAACUAGGACAGAAGUAUCUGGAUCCUUCAACUCAUUCAAUUUGUCUAUGAUGACUCACUUGGCCCACUUUCUGUUCUUCUAGAUUACCCUCUUUCCUCUUCUUAGUUAAAAGGAAAAAAGCGCACUUCUUUUGUGUUAAGCUUGAAAUUUCUAGUGCAUUAUUGGUUGGUUUCCUUUUUUGCUUCUACCUUUUCUCCCACGAUAAUUUCAAACUAAUCUCUUCACCUUUAUGUUUGGAAGUGGAAUUUCAGGCUAAACUGCAUUAUAUAAUCUGUGAAUCUUGUUUUUCUUUCUUUUCUUGGCUGCUGUGAGCUGCAAACAACAAUCUUGCUGUUGUCUGCUUUCAAAUUACUCUUCUUUGCUCUGGUUUUGUUGUUGAAUUAACUCUUGUUAUACCCCUUUCCUUUGAAGCUCUAAAACAUUUAUUCUUCCUCAUGUAUUGCUGUCUUUUGUGAGGCUCUCAUGACUAAGGAAUCUUGUAUUUUUUCUUAUUUACACUAUGUAUUGGAUCUCAGUCUUUUGCAUAAUAUCUAUCUCUAUUUUGCUCUAGUUCCAAACUAAUUUCUUUCUUGUUCAUGGUUACUUUGAUUUAUCUUCUACUGACUCUCAAUCUUGUAGCUAGUAGAAAAAAUGAACUGAACUUUCUUCAGUUCUAGAACUUGUUUUUUCUUUGGGGCAAUUUGAAAAAUGGAAUUUUUUGCUUUUUCCAAGUUAUUUGGGGUGUUGUGUCUUGUAAUCUUGUCAAUGGUUUCCUUAGUUAGUGGGAUAGGUGUCAACUGGGGCACACAGUCAACACACAAUCUGCCUCCUGAAAUAAUAGUCAAAAUGCUAAAAGACAGUGGGUUCCAAAAGGUUAAACUUUUUGAUGCUGAUUAUGACACACUUAAGGCUUUGGGCAAUUCUAGGAUUGAAUUUAUGGUUGGUAUUCCUAAUGACAUGCUUACAUCCUUGGCCAGCUUGAAAGUUGCUGAGAAAUGGGUGUCCAAGAACAUUUCUGUCCAUCUUUCUGACAACAAUGUGAACAUCAGGUAUGUUGCAGUGGGAAAUGAGCCGUUCUUGGAAACAUAUAAUGGAAGUUACCUAAGAACAACUUUUCCUGCUCUACAAAAUGUCCAAACUGCACUCGUAAAGGCUGGCCAUGGUAAUCAAGUAAAGGUCACGGUCCCCCUCAAUGCCGAUGUUUAUGAGAGCGCUAGUAGCUUGCCAUCAAGUGGUGAUUUUCGAGCAGACAUCCAUGGCUUUGCGAUCCAAAUAGUCAAGUUCUUAAGUGAUAACGGGUGCCCUUUUAUUAUCAAUAUCUACCCAUUCAUAAGCCUGUAUACAGAUUCCAACUUUCCAGUUGAAUAUGCAUUCUUUGAUGGAAAAGCAACACCUAUAAUUGAUGGUGGGGCAAUCUACACCAACAUGUUUGAUGCAAAUCAUGACACUCUCGUGUGGGCUUUAAAGAAGAAUGGGUUCGGGAACUUACCUAUUAUGGUUGGAGAAAUUGGUUGGCCCACAGAUGGGGACCGCAACGCUAACGUACAACUAGCACAGCGUUUCAACCAAGGGUUCAUGGCUCAUAUAUCAGACGGAAAAGGCACACCUAUGAGGCCUGGGCCCAUUGAUGUCUAUCUAUUUAGUCUGAUUGAUGAGGAUGCCAAAAGUAUCCAGCCCGGGAAUUUCGAACGUCACUGGGGAAUAUUCGCCUAUGAUGGCCAACCAAAAUACUCGCUAAACCUUGGCACCACAAAUUCUGGAUCUUUAAUUCCAGCUAGUAAUGUAAAGUAUCUGGAAAGUAAAUGGUGUGUGCUCAAGCCUAGUGCUAAGCUUGAUGACCCCCAGGUUGCGCCUAGUGUAAGUUAUGCUUGUGCACAUGCUGAUUGCACAAGCCUUGGAUACGAGACAUCGUGUGGAGGACUGGAUGAGCGAGGAAACAUUUCGUAUGCAUUCAAUAGCUACUAUCAGAUAAACAAUCAGCUUGACGUGGCCUGCAAGUUCUCAGGGCUUGGGACAAUCACAAAGUCGGAUCCAUCGACUCCAAGUUGCAGGUUUGGUAUCAUGAUCGAACCAUACUAUGGAGGCGCAGGACGGAGAAAUGGCUGUACAAGUGCGGCAUUGGCUCUGAUUCUUUUGCUAUGUACAAUCUUGUGAUGUUAUACUCACCUUUUCUUAGGUUUCUAAUUUGUUAAUGGAAAUAGUUGGUGAUCCUGCUAUGUAGCAUGAGCUAAUUAAAUCUUGCUAAGUGGACGCUGGGGAGUUGUCCAUUAACAAGUUGUCUUUCUCCUUUUGUACAUGGAUGUUGAUUGGAAUUUGUUAGACAAUAAAGUAUUGCAUUCCACAAUCGAGGAUGUGGUGGCCUGAAGUUA